AUGGCGGCGCCUGCGAGUAACGGCCAGCACCACCACGACGCCGCGGCUUCAGCCUCUCAGUCCCUCUAUUCCCACGACCCCGGAGCUCCGAAAUCGCCCUCCCCCCAGCUCCAGCAGCAGCAGCUCCAGGCCCAACAGCCCCAGCAUCGGCGUGGUUACCAGGCUUGCGACCCUUGCCGGAAGCGCAAAGUCAAGUGUGACCUUGGCAGUGUCGAUAAUCCCCGUCCCCCGCCCUGCGUACGAUGUCGCCGCGAAAGCAAGCGCUGCGAGUUCUCCGCUACUCGGCGGAAGCGCAAGCCCUCCGAAGUGGAGGAGCCCACCGAGGCCGUCCUGCGACGCGAUAAGCGGAUGAUGGUGGGCGAGGUCAUCUCGAAUAGCGGAUCCGUCAGUGAUGGAGGCUCAUCCUAUGCGCCCGAGCGCACCUCUUCCUUUGAUAACGGUGCCAGUCUCUCCCGACCAAAAUGGACCGAGGAGUCGCCGGCCACGAACAAUACACAGCAGCUCCCAUCGUCUUCUACGCCCAGCCAUCGGUUUCCCUCCAAUCCAUCGCCGUCCGGAAAUGCGCCGUUCUCCGAACCGAGAAGCACGCGACUGCCCAUGUACUCGGCUGCGGAGCGGAGUCAUGCGGCGAGCUUCAGCCUCGAGGGUGGCCAGCCCAUGAUGAACCGGACCGCCGUUGAGUUGUUGUCGCCGGCCAUCAGUAACAGUCAUGAUGCGUUGCACCUCUUAUCGGAGGCGGCUGGUCGGACAGAGGAUCUCAACCGCCAGAGUCUGGAGAACCGGUAUGCUGCGCGCCAGUCGGUUUCAUCAUUCAAUUCGCCCAUGUCUCCGCUCACGCAGGCUGGUACGCCCCGGAGUGGAGGCGGGUCGUUCUCUCGACCACCCCGCUCCGGGACCGUGCCUGGCGGUACGUACUAUGCUGCGGGCGCAUCAGGGUCCGCUGAUGCGCGACUUCCCGAUGGUCGUGGACCGGCGGAUGCUGCAGAAACGGCACAGGAUCCUGGGUUCGUGGAUGCGGUUAAGGCUUGGUCGCGACUACGAUUUGUUCGUGCAGGGUGGUUGUCCGUGGAAGAGUCGAUGGCCUAUGUAGCAUAUUAUUACGAGCAUCUUGCCCCGCUUAGUCCCAUCGUGAUUCCGGACUUUUCGCAUCCGUCCACUCAUCGGACGUUGCUUACAGACGAGCCAGUGCUCGCAGUGACUAUUCUUACGACAGCGUCGCGGCAUAUGAAGCCCAAGGGCGACGGGGCCUACACGCGUGCUUUCUACAUCCACGACCGCCUGUGGUCAUACCUCCGCGGCAUGAUUGAACGUUUGUUCUGGGGUCAGGAAAAGUUUGGUGGAAACGGUGUUGGCAUUAGCGGGCCUCGUUCGUUUGAUCUCGCGCCGACUUCAUCAAAGAUAAGCCAUAAGGGCAACUUGAGAUCACUGGGCACCAUCGAGGCGCUGCUGAUCCUGACGGAUUGGCAUCCGCGGAACCUACACUUUCCGCCCGGUGACGACGAAAAUGCCUUGCUGGACCUGGACGCGCAAACGCAAAGUCGGUACGAAAAGGAACUCGAAACAGAGGUUGACAAUACGGCCAACCGGGUCCCGAACAGUGCUGCUGAAGGGAGGCUGGCCUUCCAGAAGUGGCUGGAGCCCGCCUGGCGGUCAGACCGGAUGUCGUGGAUGUUGCUGAGUACCGCACAGGCAUUGGCAUUUGAACUGGGAGUAUUCGACCAGAAGAGCGAUGCCAAAGCUGCGGGCGAAUCCCCGUCCGAGCAGACGCGGAAACGUCGACUCCGUCGUUUGAUCCUGGUGUACAUCACUCAGAGCAGUGGUCGCUUGGGUAUCCCGUCCAUGCUGCCGUUGCCUCAGUGGACCAACGACAUUCAGCCCACGUCAGCCAGCGCCGCCAAUGGGGCAGAUACCAUUGUUGACCGGAUGCACGAUUGCUGGAUUGGAAUUUCCAAGAUCAUGUACCAGAGCAAUCAACUCUUAUUUGCGUCGAGCGAGCAGACGUCAGAGCUCAUUCGCAGCGGUCGUUACCGAGAUCAAAUUGACCGGUUCCAGCCAUUCUUGCGCGAGUGGCGACAUAACAUUGACACGAUAGAUUUGGCCCCCUCCAUGCGGUGUAUCUUGAUGAUCGAAUAUGAAUAUACCCGACUCUAUGUCAACUCUUUGGCUUUGCAGGCGGUGGUGGAUCGCUGGACGACAAUGUCGAAUGAAGCGGCUCAGGCCCAGAAUGCGCGCCCGAAUUCUGGUCCAUCCUCGGGCACCGGUUGGUUCCAUGUGCUCAUGGAGUUAUAUCGUGUCAACGAGCAGUACAUCCAGGAAGUGGUCGAUGCCUCCCGCAAGAUCCUGCAGACCGUACUCGAAAUCCUCGUCCCGCGCGAUCACCUUAAGCAUGCCCCUGUCCGGACGUGCUUUCGUAUCCUUUCCGGGAUGAUUUUUAUCUUGAAGACUUUCACGCUUGGUGCCAAAGAAGACGAUGUGCGUGUGUCGCUGGAUCUUCAAGAUCGCACCAUCGAGGCUUUGAAGACCUGUGUAGUUGACGAUGUCCACCUAAACCACGCAAUUGCGCGAUUGCUGGAGUUGCUCACCACCAGCAUUCGCACGCGUUUUCUGCGUUUCGCGCCCUUGGAUCGCAGUGGUGACGGUGAACAAGAACGCCCAUCAGCGCCAGUCUCACGACAUCAGUCACCAAGGCCGCGUGAAGGGCCACAGAACCGUCGGGAGGGGUCGGCGCAUGCCUGGACACCAGCGCAGAGUGCGACACAAAAUCUGGGAUAUGUCGAUAGCAAUAGCCAGACGGGGACCAGCAUGGCCUCUGUCCAUGAUCCGCUGGCCGGCAUCCCUGCCCAGCCGAUCAAUUCGUCCAACAUCAAUGUCUCGUUCAUGCCCCCUCCACCAUCGGUAUACUACAACUACUACGACCCCAGCGCAACUCCGCCGGCGGGCGAACUGGAUGGGUCUAAUGUUCCGUCUCAGGCGAUGCACGACAAUCCGAGCACGUCCGGCGGAUUGCCUGACUGGUUUGCUCUGCCACUCGACCAGUUUUUCAACAGUUCGACGGCCGUGGUGGACCAGGGUCUGGGAGGCACGGGCCCCAUGGUGGGCGAAUUCGACAUGCUGGAGGUGCUUCUGAACGAACAGUAUGACGGUCAUGAGGGGAUUGAGUCGGCUGGCGGAGGGAACCUCCCGUCCCAGUUUUUGCAAUCGUGA